CGCCCGCUGCCGGCUCUGCUCGCCCGCUCGCUCGCAUUCGGUGGCGCCGCGGGGCAGGCAUGGGAGCCGCGCGCGCCUUCCCGGAUCCCACACCUGUCUGAGCGGCGCAGCGAACCGCGGCCCGGGCGGUCUGCUCGGCGCGGAAUGGUGCUCAGCAUGACGGGGAUUCCAGGACUCCUCAUCCUUCUCUUCUUCCUGCUCUGUGCUGUUGGACAGGUGAGCCCUUACAGUGCCUCCUGGAAACCCACGUGGCCUGCUUACCGCCUGCCUGUCGUCUUGCCCCAGUCUACCCUCAACCUAGCCAAGCCAGACUUUGCAGCUGAAGCAAAAUUGGAAGUGUCCUCUUCAUGUGGUCCCCAGUGUCAUAAGGGCAGUCCUCUGCCCACAUACGAAGAGGUCAAGCAGUACCUGUCGUAUGAAACGCUGUACGCCAAUGGCAGCCGCACAGAGACGCAGGUGGGCAUUUAUGUUCUCAGCAAUGGUGGAGGUAGGGCCCAACGCGGAGACUCAGAGUCUUCGGGGAGGUCUCGGAGGAAGCGGCAGAUUUAUGGCUACGACAGCAGGUUCAGCAUUUUUGGGAAGGACUUCCUGCUCAACUACCCUUUCUCAACAUCAGUGAAGUUAUCUACAGGCUGCACCGGCACCCUGGUGGCAGAAAAGCAUGUCCUCACAGCUGCACACUGCAUACAUGAUGGAAAAACCUAUGUGAAAGGGACACAGAAACUUCGAGUGGGCUUCCUCAAGCCCAAGUUUAAAGAUGGCAGCCGAGGGGCCAACAACUCGAGCUCAGCCAUACCCGAAAAGAUGAAAUUUCAAUGGAUCCGUGUGAAACGCACCCACGUACCCAAGGGCUGGAUCAAAGGCAACGCCAAUGACAUUGGCAUGGAUUAUGACUACGCCCUCUUGGAACUCAAGAAACCCCACAAGAGAAAGUUCAUGAAGAUUGGGGUGAGCCCUCCCGCCAAACAGCUGCCAGGGGGCAGAAUCCACUUCUCCGGUUAUGAUAAUGACCGGCCAGGCAACUUAGUGUACCGCUUCUGUGAUGUCAAAGACGAGACCUAUGACCUGCUGUACCAGCAGUGUGAUGCCCAGCCCGGGGCCAGCGGCUCAGGGGUCUACGUGAGGAUGUGGAAGAGACAGCAGCAGAAGUGGGAGCGAAAAAUUAUUGGCAUCUUCUCAGGGCACCAGUGGGUGGACAUGAAUGGUUCUCCACAAGAUUUCAAUGUGGCCGUUAGAAUCACUCCUCUCAAAUACGCCCAGAUUUGCUAUUGGAUUAAAGGAAAUUACCUGGAUUGUAGAGAGGGGUGACACAGUGUUCCCUCCCGGCAGCACUUAGUGGUCUUUGUGUACUUAUUGUAGAAGAGGCCACAUUUGUCAUUGUGUGUGUGUGUGUGUGUGUGUGUGAAAGAGAGAGAGAGAGAGAUUAACGUGUCAAAUAGUAUAUUUUACCUAAUUUCUUAAAAUUGCAAGAUGACUGGCUUCAUUUUUGUAACUGGUUUGUGCAUCAUGUCCUAUCAUUUAAGCAGUUUGAAAACAUUCUUUUGCAUAGAAAUAAGAAAAAUACUGAUGUUUGAAGCAAUGGGGAAUACUUGCUAAUUAAGUUAAUCUUUUAUUUUCUGGAGAACUCUGAUUUUUAUUUCACCUGAACUUGUUUCAGAGGUUUAUAUUAAAUAUGUGGAAUACAGGGGAUAUGAGUUGUUCUCUGUGUAUAUUUUCGUCUGAGAGUCCUCUUUUGUGUGUUUUCCAUGCCUGAUCAUUAAUGCUUCCAGAUGGUACUGUGCUCCCCCACAUAUAACUCGUAGGAAUUUUUAUAACAUUUUUUAGAUAGGAAGUUAUAAUAUUUUGGAUUUGGGGCAUUUACACAGCAGUCCUUGAACAGCAAAAUAAUUUGAAUUGAAACACAUUUUAGCCAUAUCUUACUGUAAACCAGCACUCCCCAGCUGCUUCUGGGUUUGAAAACGGUUUCUCUUCCAAAGACGGAGCUCCUGCAUUCUGGGAAGCAUACGGCUCUGCCAACUUUGCAGUCACACCAGAGUAAUCAAGAUCAUUUCUCCCAGUUCUUUCCAUUUAACAGGAUUUCACUUACAUUUCUAGAACUAGAUGUUUUUCAGAAGACAGUAAUCAGGGCCUAAUUAGACCAGGCUGUAUGGCUUCCCAGCUAACAGUUGUGGUCACAUUAAAAACAAUCAUAGCAUUUCACCCGGGGAGUGUAGCACAUCUCAUGUUUUAUCAUUUGGUUGGAGUAAUUUAAAAUGAAUUAAAUUCCAGAGAACAAUGGAUGCAUUGCUUGGCAGAUGGCACAACAGAAUAACCACUUGUUUGGAGCUUGGCACUGGCAACAAACCUCAUCAAAAAUUAUUCUGCAUGGUUUUCAGCGUGCUCUCAGGGAACUGUGUACUUGUUCAGAUUGGAAACCUAUCUCUUUUACUAUACUUAUAGUAAAAAUACUUGCAAGUUGCUUUAAGAAAAACUAAGGCUUUUUUAAAAGAGGGUUCCUUUUGCUGGAGUGUUCUGGGCUACAGGUACCUAGAAUCAUAAAUAAUGGUAAAAAUGAAAAUUGGGAAAAUGCAAAGUAGAUCAGAAUUUUGCACUCCAAUAAGUGCCUUCAGAAAUGUUGUAUCAGUAUGGUAAUCCUAGCAUAUAAAGGAAAUACUUUGACAUAUUCUAUGUUUUCAUUUUAUAGCUCUCAGUCUAAGUACUGUUUCUAAAUGUGUCAGUGGAGAAAACAAAAUAUGCAAAUGAAAUACAAAGUAGAUAUGUUGCUUGCAUCCUGGGUGAUUUCAACCUAUGUUGUGACUGUUGGUGAAGUUAUUCAAUUAUAGCAGUACCAAUUAAACAUUCUAUGGGUGA